CUUCCGUAGUCAGACUGAGCGCUAGCUCAAUAGCUUAGUCAUGAGCAGCCCGUGUGUUUGGGGACAAAGACAACCGCUCGCCUGCUGGAUAUAAGGGCAGAGUCCGAGCCCGUGAUUAACUAAUAGUGGAUUAACACUGCCCGUGUCUGUUUUUUGGCAUCUACUUAACACUGUCAACGCGGCUUUGUAAAAGAGCAGGAGCUAGCUUAGCGCGCUAGCCGUGUGCUGUGUGUGUGUGUGUGUGUGUGUGUGCGGGUUUAAAGGUCCGGCUCGGGUUUGGUACGGAGCUGUCGCUAAACUGGCGAGGUGACCAAUGAUGAAUCGGUUCCGAAAGUGGCUCUAUAAGCCAAAGAGGUCAGAUCCACAGCUGCUGGCCCAGUUCUACUACGCAGAUGAAGAGCUGAACCAAGUGGCCACUGAGCUGGACAGUCUGGACGGCAGGAAGGACCCUCAGAGGUGUACACUGCUUGUCAACCAGUUCCGCUCCUGCCAGGACAAUGUGUUAAACAUCAUUAAUCAGAUCAUGGAUGAAUGCAUACCCGAAGACCGAGCCAACAGAGACUUUUGUGUGAAGUUCCCAGAAGAGAUUCGCCAUGACAACCUCGCCGGGCAGCUGUGGUUUGGGGCAGAGUGCCUGGCAGCAGGAUCGAUCAUUAUGAAUCGUGAAAUCGAGAGCAUGGCCAUGAGACCACUGGCUAAAGACCUCACCCGUAGCCUGGAGGAAGUGCGCAACAUCACCCGAGACCAAGCGCUACGAGAUCUCAACAACUACACAGACCGCAUGAAGGAGGCGCUCCGCCAGUUUGACGGCCUUUUCGCUGAGUUUGAGCUCAGCUACGUGUCAGCCAUGGUGCCUGUGAAGUCUCCUAAAGAGUAUUACAUCCAGCAGGAGGUGAUUGUUCUCUUCUGUGAGACAGUUGAAAGAGCCCUAAAGCUUGAAUAUCUCACACAAGACAUGAUUGAUGACUAUGAACCGGCUCUCAUGUUUACAAUCCCUAGGCUUGCCAUUGUUUGUGGCCUUGUUAUCUACUCUGAAGGGCCUCUUAACCUUGACCGCAAACCAGAGGACAUGUCUGAACUCUUCCGGCCUUUUCGUACUUUGCUGAGAAAAAUAAGGGACCUGCUGCAGACUUUAACAGAAGAAGAGCUAAUGACACUGGAGCGCAGUCUCUGCAUCUCUCAGGAUGGAGAAUUCCCAGCAGGCUCUAGUAUGCCGUCGACCAAUGACCCAGCCGCUUCCACUGGUCCUGAAAGCCAUCUGGAGACACUGGAACAGGAUGACAGAGUUGAGGAGGUGGUAGAUCUCACACUUUGUGUAGCCCAGGAAGAAGAAUCUGUGUGGAAGGUGGAUGAGGAGAGGAAGGGGCAGCCUGAGACCUCCAGUGAAAGUGAAGAGGAGGACACCACAGACACAGACUUGGCUUGCUCCAUGCAGUAUGAUGAAGAAGAGAUAGAGCAACUUAAUAUGAUGGUGCAUCAAGUGGGGGACGAAAUGUCUACGCUGCUUUCCCCUCCAAGUCAGAAUCAGUCCCCAGCCCAUCGGCCUUAUAGGGGAAGUAGUCUCGAAGGUUCCAGUGCUGCCUCCAGCACUCAGGCAUCUCCGCGGAGAGUCCCGGGAUCCUACCACGAUGAUGAUAGGGUGUUCUUUAUGGACGACCUGGAGUCUGGUGUAACUAGCGAGCUGUGCCGUGGACAGCUUCCUCUUCCUACCAUAUGCCUCAGAUCCCCUGAGCACAGUCAACCCGCAGCGUUGACUGACUCCUCAUGCAACGGUUGGUUGUCCGUUUGUGACCCUAAUCUGGGUAGCCAGCUCCAAUCAGCAGAGUCCAUGGCGAACUCUGAAAGGUCACCCAUGGUGAACGGCUGGGAAGGGUCCCAGGAAGAGGAUAGUGUACAGACCGCAGAAGAAAUCGCCAAUCGGACCGGUGGAAUGAAGUUGUCCGCAACGGUUAUUUUUAACCCUCAUUCUCCAAGCUUGGCUGACUUGGCCGUCGUCGUACCUCAGUCGGCUGACGUUCCAGAACCCGGCGAGGGCGGUGCUUUAGUUGCCACUCAGUGCCUGCUUAACUCCUGCGUGUGCUGCACUGGCGGAUGUGUAGACAAUCACGAGGAUGCCAUGGAGCCUGCUGGACGGGGCAUGGCACUGGGAUUUGAAAAGCACAAGCUCACCAUCACAAGCUCUGUAUUCCACUCAGCAGUAGCUGCUGGCAGCCCAGGGAAAGGAAAUGGACAUUUACCACUCACUCUGCCCCCGUCUCAGGGCCACCUCACCCCUUCUAUACCACACUGUUCUGUGCAGAACCAAGCGAGGGAAGAUGAGGGCAGUCAGGACUGUUCACACUAUCACUGCUGUGAGAAAUGUGCCGCAGGGGUUUUUCUGGCUCAGGAAAGAGGCUCAGGACAAGGAGAGGGAGGGCCUAGUUGCACCCACCAGGAGACAGGAUGCCGGACACAGUCUAAUACUAUGGUUAAAGGAAGAUCGGAAGGUUUCGGAAAACAACUCAAGGAGGAUAACAGAAAGAUCUCUAGCAGUUCUCAGGAGUCCCCCCUCAGUUCUGUCCCCAGCAGUGACAUAGAUGGUGUUUCUGUCACUACAUGCAGUUUGUCGAGUUCAUACACACCCAGCCCUGUCAGUAGCCUGACAACCAGUUCGGACAUGUCUGAGGAUCUGGAUCAUCAGGAGAUUCAAGUGGCUUUGCAAGCCGCCAAACUUGCUGCUCACAACAAAAUUCGCUCACGUUUCCAUAGCAGUAGUGACCUCAUCCAUCGCCUUUUUGUCUGCAUAUCAGGUGUGGCUGAUCAGUUGCAAACAAACUACGCGAGUGACCUGCGAAGCAUCUUAAAAACUCUGUUUGAGGUCAUGGCAACAAAAUCCGACCAAGGGGACAAUGAGAAGCCUAAGAAAGCUCCAUGUCUGGGCAGUGCUGUACUGGAAGAUUGCGCUCUCUGUCAAGAGACCAUCUCUUCAUCAGAGCUUGCUGCCAAAGCCCGAGAGGGUCAGUUUGAAGAUCCUCCUGAAUGGGUGCCAGAUGAGGCCUGCAAUUCCUGCAUUGCAUGUAAAGCACCAUUUACAGUCAUCAGAAGGAAACAUCACUGCAGGAGCUGUGGAAAGAUCUUCUGUUCCCGCUGCUCAUCACACUCAGCCCCGUUGCCUAGAUACGGUCAGAUGAAACCGCCAAAGCCUCAGAAUGCCAUCACCAUUGCCGUGUCCUCCCGUGCCCUCUUCAAUAUGGACCGAGAGCAGGACAUUUAUGAGCAGCAGGGAAUGGAGGAUUACCUGAAAUAUCAGAUCCAGCAUGAGAUCGAGCCAUUCGCACCCGGACCUGCAUUCCCCUUCAUUAAGGCAGUGGAGGCGGUGAACACUCAACUCAGGGAGCUCUAUCCAGACAGUGAAGAGCUCUUUGAUGUGGUUCUGAUGACCAGCAAUCAUGCUCACGUCGGACUUCGGCUCAUAAAUUCAAUUAACCAUUACCAGCUAUUUAUAGAGCGCUUUUGUAUGACUGGAGGCAAUAGUCCUAUUGGGUAUCUGAAAGCCUACCAUGCCAACCUUUAUCUGUCAGCUGAUUCACUGAAAGUUAGAGAAGCCAUUGAACAAGGAAUUGCAGCAGCAACAGUCUUCUCGCCUGGAAAAAUCACAGAGGUGCCAGAGACGCAGCUGCGAGUGGCCUUCGACGGAGACGCCGUUCUCUUCUCAGAUGAGUCGGAGAGGAUCUACAAAGCCCACGGACUGGACAAGUUCUUUGAGCACGAGAAAGCCCAUGAAAAUAAACCUCUUGAUCAUGGACCGCUUAAGGGCUUUUUGGAAGCUCUGGGGAAGCUGCAGCAGAAAUUCUAUGCCAAAGGUCAGCGUCUGGACUGUCCCAUCCGCACCUAUUUGGUUACAGCUCGCAGUGCGGCCAGUUCAGGUACCCGGGCCCUCAAGACGUUACGUUCCUGGGGUCUAGAGACAGAUGAGGCGCUCUUCCUGGCAGGAGCCCCUAAAGGCCCAAUGCUGGAAAAGAUCAGACCUCACAUCUUCUUCGAUGAUCAGAUGUUCCACGUGGAGGGAGCAGCGGAACUCGGGACUGUGGCGGCUCAUGUACCCUACGGAAUUGCCCAGAAGUCUCAAAGAAAGACAGCGAGGGAUGUAAAAAAAGACAUGCCAGCCAAGCAGCUGGAGUGAAUGCUGCGCUCCUCAUUCAUUCGUUUGAAAGGUUUUACUCCAAAAUUAAACAUUUCUCAUCCUUUACUCCAAGAUUUACACAUCCCGUUAACUUUUUUUUCUGUUCAGCCCAGAAGAAGAUAAUCAGAAGAAUGUUGGUAACCAGACAGCUGAUGGUUACGUUGACUUUCAUAGUACGGAAAAAAAAAAUACUAUGGAAAUCGGUGGUUACCAGCCAUUUUUAGCGUCUUUGUAAUUGGUUACUUUGCAAAAGUGAGUAAAUACAUGAAUUAAAUUUUAUAAUAGCGACUUAGUGAGUUGUGCUUUUCCAGCUUCCAAAAAUAGACCAGUUUGUCAGUGGCAGACCCUUUGCACUAAACAUUACAGCUUUGAACUUGUUUACUACAUCAUAUCAAGCCAUAAACAUGCAAAUAAAACUGGGCAAUAAAUGGUAUGCUAUUGAGUUAUAUUCUUACAUUUUCUGUUCUAAUGUAAUAGCAAAUGCUGUAUGUCAUAAAUAUCACCGCCAUGUAUAUUUUCGGCUUUUAUAUUGUAAUGCUCUGGUUUUGAACGAACAUCUCUGUUACUGUUUACCGUAAAGGGCUGUUUUACACUCAGUAUUGAAACUUUCAUGCGUGCACACAGUGUUUAAAUCCAUCAGUGUUAUUAUGUAUACAUUUGAUUCACGUGUUUGUGAAAUCCUGUGUGUUGCUCAGGGCAUGCUUAAGUCAGUGUUUUGCACUAAACACCUUAAUAAACGGAGAAGAGG